AUGCCUGAAGUAGCGAAGACCGCGCCCAAGAAGGGCUCCAAGAAAGCGGUGGCGAAGGCCCCCGGUAAGGGCGGAAAGAAGAGGAGAAAGUCCAGGAAGGAGAGCUACGCCAUCUACGUGUACAAGGUGCUGAAGCAGGUCCACCCCGACACUGGGAUCUCCUCCAAGGCCAUGGGCAUCAUGAACUCCUUCGUGAGCGACAUCUUCGAGCGCAUCGCCGGUGAGGCCUCUCGUCUGGCUCACUACAACAAGCGCUCCACCAUCACCUCCAGGGAGAUUCAGACCGCCGUCCGCCUGCUGCUGCCCGGGGAGCUGGCUAAACACGCCGUGUCUGAGGGCACCAAGGCCGUGACCAAGUACACCAGCUCCAAGUAAACCACUCUGCGGAGACCUCAAACCAACGGCUCUUUUAAGAGCCACACACUUUCUCUAUGGAGACAAACUGUCCUGACUCUACCGAGAUGUCCAUCGAUAUUCAAACGGCCACUUUUAACUGAUAAUAUAACAUUGUUAAUACAAUUGAAGAGAGAUAUCCUGAAUAAUCUCUACAUUUGAAAAUAAUUGUUUUUAAAUCCAAUUCCAGUUUUCUACUGCAGGGCGUGUUGUCCUUUCUCAAAUCAGUGAUCUGUGUUGUUCAUGAGGUGUUUCCCCCCCCCUGGUGGUUAUAAUUGGAAUUGUAAAGAAGCGUAUGAAAUCAUUGUUCCUCAAACUCCUCUGACAAUGUUGCCGACACAUGACUGUGACUUUAAAGUCAGAGGAAUACAUUCUCUAAAGUAGUUUACAGUAUUAUCAAUCUUGACAAAUAUACCUUGUGUGCUUACUACUCUGUGAAUAUUGAGCAACCUUGAGUGUACAACAGUGGUCAAACAAAUAUUAUUUUUUCUCCCUUAGCCCUCCUGUUAUCCUCAAAUUGUAAUAAUUCUAAUUUUAA